GAAACGACUCAGACAGACUGAAAUUAAAUACCAGACACAUUUGACUGAGACUGGUUUUAUGUUUUUACAGCACCGGAAAAUCUCUUUUAAUUUGAAGAGAUCUCUGAUUUUGAGAAGUUUCUCUUUCGCCCGGAGAAGACGCGCCACUUUCCAGAGAUAAAGGACUUAAUAACAUUGUGAUCAACUCCCUCUGCAGAAGAUGUGUCCCACUGUGCGUUUGAUCGUUUUAUCCAUGUGCGUAAUGAACGCGGCGCUUUCCGCUCCGUUUGAAUCAGAGGAUGUUGUACCUGUGCGGAUUAGAGUCAGUGGCCGCUUUUGGAAAAGAAGCGAGGAGCUGCCGAGGUUUGUCCUCAGCGCGUUUGGCAAGGACUUGACUCUAAAUCUUAUACCGGACACCAGCUUCAUCGCUCCUUCCUUCACCAUACAGCGUAUCAGAGCCAGAGAUGUUGGCGCUUUACGCAGCGCCUCAGGUGCCAAACCUGUCCCGGACACAGAUCUCCAGAAACUCAUGAGCCAGACAGAGGACAGUGAAGGCCAGCUGAGGGGCUGCUUUUACUCUGGGAACGUAGAUAACGAUCAGAACUCGGUUGUGGCAGUCAGUUUGUGCUCCGGCAUCUUUGGCUCCUUCAUCACGGAGGGCAGAGAGUAUUUGAUUGAGCCCAAACUCAGCGGCAGCCUGGGGCCAGACUCCGCCGAGCAGCUGCAUGUCAUCAGGAGGAGGACAUUCACCAGGAGCCCCAGUGUUUCCCUCCUGUUUGAUCAUGCGGCGGAGAAGCACAAUGGGGAAAGUUUUACGCACGGGGACGGUGACGCACAGAGGGAACCUCGCCGGAGACGCUUUGUUUCCGCGCCACGGUUCAUAGAGACCCUGGUGGUAGCUGACUCAACCAUGACCCACUUCUAUGGAGAUGAAAUAAAGCACUACAUUCUGACCCUGAUGUCCAUGGCAGCCCAGCUGUACAAGCACCCCAGCAUAAAGAACUCAGUGAACAUAGUGGUGGUGAAGAUGUUGGUGGUGGAGGACGAGGAUGUUGGCCCGGAGGUCUCCAGUAACGGAGGCGUGGCUCUGAGGAAUUUUUGCUCCUGGCAGCAGCUCUUCAAUCCACCGAGCCAGAGACACCCAGAGCACUACGACACGGCCAUGCUGUUCACUAGAGAGGACAUCUGUGGACAGAAGAGCUGCGACACGCUGGGCGUGGCCGACGUCGGGACGAUGUGCGACCCCAAGAGAAGCUGCUCAGUCAUCGAAGACAACGGCCUCCAAGCCGCCUUCACAGCUGCACACGAGCUCGGUCACGUGUUGAGCAUGCCUCAUGACGACUCCAAGACCUGCGAGAGGCUGUUCGGGGACCUGGGAGGACAUCACCUGAUGGCCCCUCUGUUUGUCAGCCUCAACAAGACGGCGCCGUGGUCGCCCUGCAGCGCUCUCUACAUCACAGAGUUCUUCGACAACGGACACGGGGACUGUCUGCUGGACGUCCCAGAGAGCACCAUGCCUUUACCAAGAGAGCUUCCGGGCACCAAGUACAGCCUGGACCAGCAGUGCCAGCAGACCUUCGGAGAGGAGUUCAUCCACUGCCCCAACACGUCAGACAGUGAAGUCUGCAGCCAGCUGUGGUGUCAGGAGGACGGGACGCCGCAGUGCACCACCAAGAACGGCAGCCUGCCCUGGGCUGACGGCACUUCCUGUGGCCUCAACGGGACCUGUCUCCAUGGAGCCUGCAUGGCAACCCAAGAGGUGAUGAAGCCACUGGUGGUUGUGGACGGCGGCUGGAGCUCGUGGGGACCGUGGCGGCAGUGCUCCAGAACAUGUGGAGGCGGGGUGGAGUUCUCCUACAGGGAGUGCACUGACCCCGUGCCUCAGAACGGGGGGAAGUACUGUGAGGGCCAGAGGGUCCAGUACCAGUCCUGCAACACGCUGCCCUGCGACAACAGUGAAGGGAAGAGUUUCAGAGAGGAGCAGUGUGAGAAGUACAACAGCCUCCACUACCUGGACUUCAACGGGAACAUGAAACAGUGGAUACCCAAGUACGCCGGCGUUUCUCCCAGAGACAGGUGUAAGCUGUUCUGCAGGGCCAGAGGCAGCAGCGAGUUUAAGGUGUUCGAAUCCAAGGUGAUCGAUGGGACGACCUGCGGCCCCGACACCACAUCGGUGUGUGUCCAAGGCCAGUGUGUGAAGGCGGGCUGCGACCAGGUGAUCGGAUCCAACAGGAGAGUGGAUAAGUGUGGAGUGUGUGGAGGAAGCGGGCUCACCUGCAGAAAGAUCACAGGCUCCUACAACAAAGCAACAUACGGAUACAGUGACAUUGUGACAAUUCCCAUUGGCGCCACAAACAUCGACAUCAAGCAGCGGAGCCACAGAGGGAUCAAACAUGACGGGAACUACCUGGCGAUAAAGAGAGAGAGCGGUGGUUACAUCCUCAACGGUAACUUCUCUGUGUCCACGGUGGAGCAGGACAUCCCUGUGCUCGGUGCCGUGCUGAAGUACAGCGGCUCCUCCACCACGCUGGAGAGGAUCCAGAGCUUCAGGCAGCUGAAGGAGGCCAUCACCGUGCAACUCCUGGCCACUGCCGGCGACGCCAACCCGCCUAAGGUCAAAUACACCUUUUUCAUCCCGAGAGAUGUGACCUUCAAUAAAUCCAAGGAGAGGAAGGGCUCGUCGCUGUCGUUGCAUAUGAUUCAGCCCUUCGGCGUGCCUGACUGGGUGCUGGGGGAGUGGUCUGAGUGCUCCAAGAGCUGCGGCUCUGGGUGGUCCAGGAGGAACGUUGAAUGCCGAGACAGUGCAGGCAUCCUCUCCAGCCAGUGCGACAAAGACCUGAAACCUGUGGACAUCAGGGCUUGUGGGGACGCGCCGUGUCCCAUGUGGCAGUUGGGACCUUGGUCCGCCUGCUCACGAACUUGUGGCCAGGGCGAGCGCCGCCGCAGCGUCCUCUGCAUAGACUACACUGGGAAGACUGCUGAGCCAGAGAAGUGCGACCCGAACAAAAUCCCAGAGCCGGUCUACGGAGAAUGUCUCAACCAGGAGUGCUUAUGAAGAACAUGAGUACAGUGAACUCUCCCGCUUUGGUCUGACUGCACUUACCAACCAUGGACGGAUUACUGAGCAGUCAUACUGGGCACAGGCACCGGGGCCCCGGGGGUCAGGGGACAUAAUGACUACAGAGAGACACGAAAUGACCACAAACAGAUAUAAAACAACCACAAAGAGACACAAACUAUCUGCAGAGUUGCAAAACAACCACAAAGAGACACAGGAUGACUACAAACAGAUAUUAAAUGACAACAAAGAUACAAAACAACCACAAAGAAGCAAAAUGACAAACAACAUCUCUGAGUCGUUCUUUUGUGUCUCUGAGAUUCUGACAGUUCUGGUCCUAUGUCGGGGGGUGGGGGGGGGCUUUACAGGUCUGUGCCCAGUGGCCCACUGUCUCAUAAUCCGUCCAUGUUACCAACUGGUCACAUCGAGUCACAUCAAGGGCAUUUGCCUGAAUUUUUGCUUUGUCAUCUUUUGUUGACAUUUGACAACCACUAUUGAAAUUUGAAACAAUGGAAAUCUACCUCAUGUGAUGUUUGUAUAGAUGCUAGAUGAAGGUGCUGUGUGUGUGUUUUCUCCAGAAUGAGAAGUUUUUCUAGUUCCGCUUUCAACACAAACGCCCUGUUCGGAUAACGUUUGGUAACACCUGCAGUUUGUCUUGGUGAGUUAGCUGUCUGUUUAAAGUGGGGCUAGAACAACGGCACGAAACCUGCUGUCAAACACCAGCACAGUGUAAAUAUACCUCCAUUCAAUCCCCUAUAAAGCUUUGAUCAAGCCAUUUACCUGUUAUUGAGGUAGGUCCAUAUGAUUGAGGCGCUGGGAUUCAAGCCUUGUGGAAAUGUGCUUCUGUUUUGAUUCCUUAUCUUUUAUGCACACAUACCAAGAUGUGACUGUGAUGAAGAUGUCAUGUUUUUAUCCUGAAACUUAGCAUUGUUGAAAUAUGCAACAAAAAAAAAAAAAAA